GUGGAAAAACCGGAAUUAUUUUUUAUACAAUUCUAUUGUUCAGCAUGCUGAUGCGCAUAUUUUGAUAUAUGAUAAUUCGGUGCAGGUAAAACGGACAAUGCGCAAACGAUAUACGACCAUUUGGUACUAGCACGAUUAAAGAUAUCCAGGUGUUUAAAAAUUGAAACUAUUCAAAGAAGACUAGAUAUUUUUUGUUUUACCAAUUCUGCACCUACCAAUAAUUAUCUAAUCAUUUUUACCAACGGUGUGGUAACCUAAACACGGACAACACGGUACACGGUUUUAUAUUAUUGUGUUAUAAAUAAUAACUAAUAAAUAUACCUAAUUAAAUCAUUGGAAAUAUAAAAACACGUUUUAGUACUUACGCAGAAAUGUCAUCAAAACCAACGGUGUUGUUAUUACGUAAUGAUUAUCCUCAAAAAGCUGUCGAUUUAUUACGUACAAGGUGCAACGUGGAAAUGUGCAAAUCUAGUAAAAAGGAUGGAAGAAUCAUCGCGGAAGAUGUUCUCGAAUGUGUACAGGGCAAGUUUUCAAUUUUCUGUCAUAACAGCAGAAUUCUGAUAAAUGAACAGGUCCUGAAAGCAGCGGGACCUAGUCUUAAGGUGAUCGGUACCAUGUCUGUGGGAUAUGAUCACAUUGACUUGACAUCAAUGAAAAAAUACGGUGUACGUUUAGGAAAUACGCCAGGCAUUCUGACGGAAUCGGUUGCGGAAAUUGCUGUAGGUCUCAUUAUAGCCACUACCAGAAGAUUUUCCGAAGCGAACCGUGAAUUGAAAACUGGUGGAUGGAAAGAAUGGAUUCCCGGGCGGAUGUGUGGUAGAAGCAUAAAAGGAUCGGUCGUGGGCAUCUUAGGUUGCGGCAGAAUCGGUACGUCAAUCGCCGAGAAAUUGGUCAAUUUCAAAGUGUCCCAACUUUUGUACACCAGUAGAAAUGAAAAACCGGAUGUCAAAGCCCUUGGUGGACAGUUGGUCACGGUGGACGAAUUGAUGGAGCGUAGCGAUUUUGUCGUAGUCGCUGCGGCUUUGAACGAUGAGACAAAAUUCAUCGUGAACAGAGAACGGAUCGCCACCAUGAAGUCGAAUGCAAUACUUGUGAACAUCAGUCGCGGACAGCUGAUUGACCAAGACGCGUUGGUUGAAGCGCUCAAGGAGAAAAGAAUCCGAGGCGCUGGACUGGACGUGAUGACACCCGAACCACUGCCAUUAGAUCAUCCACUUAUAGGACUGGACAACGUUUUGCUCCUGCCACACAUUGGCACGUCUACUUUGGAGUUGGAAGAAGAGAUGGCCGUGAUGACCGCACAGAACAUAUUGGCUGUAUUGGACGGUUGUCCUAUGCCAAACGAAGUGGUCUUUUAACGUUUUGGUCAUCGUCUGCUGCAACUUCCCACACAAGACACAAUCAUAAUAAUUGUCAAUCAUUGCAUUUUAAAAUUAUAGAAUAAAAAAUAAAACUUAUAAUAAUAUAUA